AUGAAAGGUUUCAAUACACCACGAAAAAGUCAGGGGAGAAACUUGUUUUAUCAAACUCCGACUAAUUGUUCGGAUGAAGAGAUUCAACGAAACAUCGAGUUCUUGAAGAAACUGCAAGAGGCAGAUGAUAAAACACUCUACCGUCGAUACGAACGUAUGAUGCAGCGUUAUCUAUCUGGCUAUAUAACCUACAUCCAACUCAAACGCGGACUGGUUCUCCUUCUCCGUAGACACAGAGCUUUGAUCAAAGAGUUUCGUCAGCUUUUAUCUUCUCCUGUAAGAAACAACUCCGAGAAAGAGAACCCAAAAGCUGAAUUGAAACGCACGGUUGCGUUCUUGCACAAGAUCGAAGCGUUGGGAGAGAGUGUUUACAAGGCUUUUAUGGAUGCGUUAGGGUUCAGUGGUGAUAAAGAGAUUCUGAUUGAACAACUCAGAGAAAUGUUGCGCGGUCACGAAUCUCUAAAAGAGGAGUUUCAAACGUUCUUGAUCGAUAACCGUUUACUCAAACGCAAACGCGAUUGCGUGAAUGUCACGCCAUCGUAUUGCAUUGGACCUGAAGUUGAAAAGGGAUCUUCCUCUGGUCCGGUUUUAAACGGGAAAUACUACUCUGGAGGUUCAUAUCAUCCGGAGGACUCAGUGGAGAAGAACAGUGAGGCUUGUCGCGUCGAGAAAAUGAACAGGUUCCAGGACAUGUUAUUGCAUGACCUAGAUUCGUUUAUUGAGUUUGGGAAGGUCCCGAAGGAUGACUUGAGAAACAAGAAAGCUCGUGAUAAGCGGCCGCAGGUAGGAUUGAGUAGAGUCUUAGAAUGGUUAUGCAACGGUAAGAAGGUUCCACCAGAAUUUUAA